UUCUCUUCUCUUUUAUGUCUUUCUUCAUCUAUAAAUAAACACCACCCACCCACCAUCUCUUAUAUUUCCAUUAACUCCCAAGAAAUUUUAUAUUUCCAAAUUCCAGAAGUACCCAUGGAUGAAGGUCAUGAGAAGGUGGUUGAGACUGUGUUGGUAGGUAACUAUGUGGAAAUGGAGAGUGACGGCAAGGCUAAAAAUGUCAAAUCCACCAUCUCCAACUUCUUCUGGAAUGGUGGUUCUGCUUACGAUGCUUGGUUCAGUUGUUCUUCCAAUCAGGUGGCACAAGUGUUGCUUACACUACCCUACUCAUUUUCGCAACUAGGAAUGCUCUCAGGGAUCUUGUUUCAAAUCUUCUAUGGAUUGAUGGGAAGUUGGACUGCUUAUCUCAUCAGCAUUCUUUAUGUCGAAUACAGAACUAGAAAAGAAAGAGAAAAGGCUGAUUUCAGAAACCAUGUCAUCCAGUGGUUUGAAGUUCUUGAUGGACUACUUGGGAAACAUUGGAGAAACGUUGGGUUGGGAUUUAAUUGCACCUUUCUUCUGUUUGGCUCAGUGAUCCAACUCAUAGCUUGUGCAAGCAAUAUAUAUUACAUAAAUGAUCAUUUGGACAAGAGGACAUGGACAUAUAUAUUUGGUGCAUGUUGUGCAACAACCGUAUUUAUCCCGUCAUUUCACAACUAUCGAAUUUGGUCCUUUCUGGGACUGAUUAUGACCACUUACACUGCGUGGUACCUCACUAUUGCCUCACUGCUCCAUGGCCAGGUGGAAGGGGUGAAACAUACUGGUCCAGCAAAGAUGGUUCUUUACUUCACUGGGGCAACAAAUAUCCUCUACACGUUUGGGGGACAUGCUGUUACUGUAGAAAUAAUGCAUGCCAUGUGGAAGCCACAAAAAUUCAAAGCGAUUUACUUGUGGGCCACUGCUUACGUAUUAACACUAACACUUCCAUCUGCUGCGGCUGUUUAUUGGGCAUUUGGAGACUCAUUACUUAACCACUCAAAUGCCUUUGCUCUCCUUCCAAGAUCCCCAUGGAGAAAUAUGGCUGUUAUCCUUAUGCUUAUUCAUCAAUUUAUAACAUUUGGGUUCGCGUGCACCCCGUUAUACUUUGUGUGGGAGAAAGCAAUCGGGAUGCACGAAUGCAAGAGCAUGUGUAAGCGUGCUGCAGCACGGUUGCCCGUGGUUGUCCCUAUAUGGUUUCUCGCGAUCAUCUUUCCGUUUUUUGGACCUAUCAAUUCCACCGUUGGAUCGCUUCUUGUUAGCUUCACUGUCUACAUCAUCCCUGCCCUUGCUCAUAUGUUCACCUUCCGAUCGGCUGCCGCACGAGAGAAUGCGGUGGAGCCACCACCAAAGUUUUUUGGGCGAUGGGUGGGAACGUACACGAUCAAUGCUUUUGUAGUUGUGUGGGUAUUCAUUGUUGGAUUUGGAUUUGGAGGGUGGGCGAGUAUGACAAACUUUAUACACCAAAUUGACACAUUCGGGAUCUUUACUAAGUGCUACCAAUGCCCGCCACAACUUCCGACACCACCACCACUCUUUAACUCAACUGCUCCGAUUCCUUCUCCAUCACACUUCCAAAUCUUCGGGAGUGCACUAUCUCACAACCGUUGAAUCAAGCUUGAGCUUUCUAUCCACCGAGAUCAUAAAUCGCAUCAGUGUGGUGACUUAAUCGCUUCAUUUUUAUUGUAGUAUAGAAAAUAUGUGGAAAUUUGAAUUAAUUUAUGAGAAAAUAUUGUUUUCAUAUUCCUUAUAAUAUGUGUUGUGGGUU